AUGAACAGUGUGAACCUUAGACCACAGCUUCACAUUCCAAUUUCUUCUUCAAACCCUACUUCAGGCGUCAAACCCAUCAAAUUUGUGGUAGUAGCAUCAUAUGGGAGAAACUUCAAGCAUUCACCUUCAAAAUUUGCAAUCACUCUCAUAAAGCACAGAGCAAGUGAAGAGCAUACACGAAGGGUGCCACUGCUGAAACACGAGGAGGGGAUUUGGCAUUCCAGUGUUGUGAUAAUGGGAGCGGUGUGUGUGGGGAUUUUGGCGGUGGUUUUGAGCGAGGAGAAGGCCUUGGCAUUGGGCCCAGAAGGCCCACUGGUGGAAGAGUUUUGGGACAACGUGCGGAGAUAUGGGCUCUACGCUCUCACCGUCAGCACUGGUGCACUUUACACCAUCUUCCGCCCUAUAGCCGACCUUCUCAAGAAUCCCAUUUCAGCCAUUUUCAUUCUUGCUCUUUUCGGGGGUUCCCUCUACAUUGUCUCUCAAGUCCUCUCUGCCAUGGUUGGUGUCUCUGAAUUUUCUUACGAUUUCGGAUACUAG